AUGGAGGUGAGGAGGAGCAUAAAGAUUAUGAAGUUUUAGGGAGGAAGGGGAGUUUGUGGGAUGAUCGAUAAGGUGACGUCUGAACAAUAUAUUUGAUUGGGGAAGUUGUUAUGCUAAAGUGUUAAGAGAAUUGGAGCUACUUGUUAGUGUUUCUGUAAGGACAUGGCGCAGGGGAAAAAGCUAUCGGCGUGAAGCCAAUCGGGAAGUGUAAGGUGGAGUCGAGCAGCUUGUCUGACCAAGCAGGAAUUCAGUGGAGUAAAGGGUUAUAAAAGUGCCUGUGAGUGUUAGCACUAUACCCGGUCGAGGACACCCCCACCUCACCGCUCUCACCGACCUGCUUACCCCCUUUGCCUUUACACAUCCACAGGUGUGGGGAUCUAUUUUUCCUCGGCCUUUUUGGUAGCCUAAGGGUGGAUUCCUUUACAUUCCUUGACAUGCAGACAUGCUAAGGGGUGUGGGUGGUAUUAGCUCUUUGGAAAAACAAAUAUAUGCUCAACCUGGUGUUUGGCAUCUUAGAUUAGUGUAUUUGCUUUCGAGUUAUGAUUAGUAAACUCUGUCUGAUACAGAUAUAGACAAAGGUAUGGGACAACCCCUUCAAAUUAGUGGAUUCAGCUAUUUCAGCCAACACCCGUUGCUGACAGGUGUAUACAAUCAAGCACACAGCCAUGCAAUCCUCCAUAGACAAACUUUGGCAGUAGAAUGGCCUUACUAAAGAGCUCGUGACUUUCAACAUGGCACCGUCAUGGGAUGCCACCUUUCCAAACAAGUCACCGUCAAAUUUCGGGCCCUGAUAGAGCUGCCCCCGGUCAACUGUAAGUGCUGUUAUUGUGAAGUGGAAACAUCUAGGAGAAACCCAACGGCUCAGCCGCGAAGUGUAGCCCACACAAGCUCACAGAACGGGACCGCUGAGUGCUGAACACUCACUACCGGUUCCAAACUGCCUCUGGAAGCAACUCAGCACAAAAACUGUUCGUCGGGAGCUUCAUGAAAUGGGUUUCCAUGGCCAAAGCAGCCCACACAAGCCUAAGAUCACCAUCCCGCAAUGCCAAGCGUUGGCUGGAGUGGUGUAAAGCUCGCCGCCAUUGGAUUUUGGAGCAGUGGAAACACUUUCCCUCUGGAUGAUGAAUCACGCUUCACUAUCUGGCAGUCCGAGGGAUUAUUCUAGGUUUGGCGAUGCCAGGAGAACCCACCCGCCCCAAGGCAUAGUGACAACUGUAAAGUUUGGUGGAGGAGGAAUAAUGGUCUGGGGCUGUUUUUCAUGGUUCGGGCUAGGCCCCUUAGUUCCAGUGAAGGGAAAUGUUAACGCUACAGCAUACAAUGACAUUCGAGACGAUUCUGUGCAACCCGUUUGGGGAAGGUCCUUUCCUGUUUCAGCAUGACAAUUCCCCUUGCACAAAGCGAGGUCCAUACAGAAAUGGCUUGUCGAUCGGGGUGGAAGAACCUUUACUGGCCUGCACAAGAGCCCUGACCUCAAUCCCAUCUAACACCUUUUAGGUUAAUUGGAACACCGACUGCGAGCCAGGCCUAAUCGCCCAAAAUCAGUGCCCGACAUCGCUAAUGCUCUUGUGGCUGAAUGGAAGCAAGUCCCCGCAGCAGUGUUCCCAAAAUCUAGUGGAAAAACCUACCCUCCCUAUUAAUGCCCAUGAAAUUUUUGGGAAAGAAAUGUUCGACGAGCAGGCAUCCACAUACUUUUGGUCUUGUAGUGUAUGUAAUCCUAGUUUUUGGUGUCAUAAUUUUUGCUGUGUUUAAUUUAUUUCAACUCUUGUUUCGUAGGUGUCGUACUGCCAAGGCAUGAGUGACAUCGCUUCUCCGAUACUUGCCGUCAUGGACAAUGAGGCACAUGCAUUCAUCUGUUUCUGUGGCAUCAUGAAACGCCUAGAGGGCAACUUCCCCCGCCCAGAUGGCCAACUCAUGUCCGUCAAGUUCCAGCAUCUGAAGCUGCUACUGCAGUACUCCGACCCCGAGUUCUACUGUUAUUUGUGUCCCGCCGGAGCUGAUGACCUGUUCUUCUGUUACCGCUGGCUGCUCUUGGAACUCAAACGGGAGUUUGCCCUUCGACGAUGCCCUGAGGAUGCUGGAGGUCACCUGGAGCUCCCUGCCUCCUGACCCCCCGAAACGGAAGUGAGCUUUUUGGGCCGCCCCUAGAGACAGACCAGACCAGAGUGACAUCUGAGAGUGGUGUUGAAAGAGGCCCGCUUUCGCAGGUGAAGAAGAAGGGGAGCAAAAGAGAAAGCAGCGGAGACGACACAUGUUGA